CAACCCCCCCACCACCACCAUGGCCAGCAACGUGACCAACAAGACGGACCCGCGCUCCAUGAACUCCCGCGUCUUCAUCGGCAACCUCAACACCCUGGUGGUGAAGAAGAGCGACGUGGAGGCCAUCUUCGCCAAGUACGGCAAGAUCGUCGGGUGCUCGGUGCACAAGGGCUUCGCCUUCGUGCAGUACGUGGCCGAACGCAACGCCCGCGCCGCCGUGGCCGGGGAGGACGGCCGCAUGAUCGCCGGGCAGGUCUUGGAUAUCAACCUGGCGGCCGAGCCGAAGGUGAACCGGGGCAAGGCCGGGGUGAAGCGCUCGGCAGCUGAGCUCUAUGGGUCAGUACCUGCCCCACCUUCUCCGGCCCCUCUCGUCAGAUCGUCGUUCGACCUCGAUUAUGACUUCCAGAGGGAUUACUAUGAUAGGAUGUACAGCUACCCGGCGCGGGUCCCCCCGCCGCCCCCCAUCGCCCGCGCCGUCGUGCCCUCCAAGCGCCAGCGGGUCUCCGGUAACACCUCCCGCCGGGGCAAGAGCUUCAACAGCAAGAGCGGCCAGCGCGGCUCCUCCUCCAAGUCCUCCAAGGUGAAGGGCGACGACCUGCAGAGCAUCAAGAAGGAGCUGAGCCAGAUCAAGCAGAAGGUGGACGCGCUGCUCGAGAGCCUGGAGCGCCUCGAGAGGGAGCAGAAGCUGAAGAGCGAGAAGGCGGAGGAGGAGCUGUGUGGGGGCGGGGCCGGCGCGGGGGGCGGGGCCAAGAAGGAGGAAGGAGCCGGCGGGGGGGGGAAGGGCGACGGCGACGACUCCCCCGAGGAGGGGGACCUGGAGGAGGAGGAGCCUGAGGAGCGCGAGCACGAGCAGCUCGAGUCCCUGAAGGGCGACGAGAAGGAGGCCGAGGAGGGCGAGGACGACCGCGACAGCGCCAAUGGCGAGGACGACUCCUAAGCCCCGCCCCCCUCCCCGUUAAGCCCCGCCCCCCUUUCACCAAGCCCCGCCCCCU